CGCCGAGUUCCUGCAGCCGCGUCCCUUCGCACGUUAGGAGGAGGGGGAAGUGUGAGCCACUCGCUCCAAAGAAGUUGGCGCAGUCCCGGGAAGGCGACGGCUGGGCAUCCGGCGGGAAGGGCAGGCGGCUAAGGCGUUCAACCUACGGGCAGAAUUGUUUUCUAUUUGAAGAUCCUGGGAUUAAAUAUAUCCAGCAAACCCCAGAGUAUGUGGAGAAAAGGCUGAUUUUGAAGGAGUAUCUCUUCAAGUAGUGAGAUUCUUCAUUAAAGAAAAAGAAGUUGAAUAAUUGAAAUUAUACCAGUAUUCUGGGAUUCUUAUGCACUCCAGCACCCCUAUAAGUUCUCUGUUCUCCUUCACCAGCCCAGCUGUAAAGAGGCUAUUGGGCUGGAAGCAAGGAGAUGAAGAGGAAAAGUGGGCAGAAAAAGCUGUUGACUCCUUGGUAAAGAAGCUGAAGAAAAAAAAGGGGGCCAUGGAGGAACUGGAGAGGGCACUUAGCUGUCCUGGGCAGCCCAGUAAGUGUGUGACAAUCCCACGCUCUUUGGAUGGAAGGCUGCAAGUAUCUCAUCGCAAAGGUUUGCCGCAUGUCAUUUACUGCAGAGUGUGGCGCUGGCCUGAUCUACAGUCUCACCAUGAGUUAAAACCUCUGGAAUGCUGCGAAUUCCCAUUUGGCUCAAAGCAGAAAGACGUCUGCAUUAAUCCUUACCAUUAUCGAAGAGUGGAAACCCCAGGCAGCCUCCCUGCACCCCUUUCCCAGCAUCCCCCAAUAUGUACUCUCAGUCACCAAGCACUAUGAGCUACCCAGACUCCCCAGGAAAUUCUUCUGCACCGGGAAGUCCUUAUGAGCUCACAGCUGAUACACCUCCUCCACCUUAUAAUGCCAGAGAAACAUCACAAAGCCACAAUGGAUGUCCUGUACAUGCAGUUAUAGAGAGUCCAUUAGUGCUGUCACUGCCCAAUGGAGGUAAAUCUACUAAUGGAGAGCCUGAAAGUAUGUAAAGACCUAUAUUUUUCUCCAUAGAUUAUUUCCAUUACCUGCUGAUGGAGGAAGUAAACCUAUUAUUCAUGAAUGAUCCAGAUGGUGAUACCAAAGCAGCUCUCAACAUGAAGGAGCAAUUUGGUGUUCAUCUGUAUUAUGUUGGAGGAGAGGUAUAUGCAGAGUGUGUGAGCGACAGCAGCAUUUUUGUACAGAGCCGCAACUGUAACUAUCAGCAUGGUUUCCACCCAGCCACUGUCUGCAAAAUCCCCAGUGGAUGCAGCUUGAAGAUUUUCAAUAACCAACUCUUCGCUCAGUUGCUUGCCCAGUCAGUUAACCAUGGCUUCGAGGUGGUGUAUGAGCUAACCAAGAUGUGCACCAUCCGGAUGAGCUUUGUUAAAGGCUGGGGAGCAGAAUACCAUCGCCAGGAUGUUACAAGUACUCCAUGUUGGAUUGAGAUCCAUCUUCAUGGACCUUUGCAGUGGCUAGAUAAGGUGCUGACCCAAAUGGGUUCCCCACAUAAUCCAAUAUCCUCUGUUUCGUAAGAAUCAUCUCCACACACACUAGGUGACAAAUACUGCUUCUGGCCUUAGCUUGUAGAAUUCUCCCUUAAAUUUCUGUAUAUAGCUGUAAAUAUGAUUGUAGAUAUAGAUAACACACUAUUACUGUUUUUCAUGCUGUAUUACAUGUUUUAUUAGUUAACAAGAUUGCAAAAAGUGCAGUACUUUGUCAUUGUGUUCUGUCCAGUAGUGAAACCAUAGAAAUAUGCCUAGCUGCCUAUUUUUUUGUAUGGAAUGAGACCAGUAUUGUUUGCACUUUGUGUAUGUGUGUGUGUUUGUGUGUAUGCUGAUUUCAAAUGGAGCAAGUGGUAGCUCUGUUCAGAGCGGCAGUUUAUUGAUAACAUUAAGCAGGUGCUCCUGGAAACUUAAACUAUUGUGAUUAAGGUUCUUCGUUUUGUUCCUGACGUGGAUUUCAACAUAAAAUUAUAUUGUUUGUAAUGACAAGAGUUACAUUUUGCAAAAAUGAGUCACAAUUAUAAACCUGCAAAUGCAACCUUCUCUAAAUACCAUCUCUAAUCAUUGGUUUGAAAAGAAAACUGAGACUGAAUGAGACUCUGCUUCAUAAUAUAAAAAACAUUAUCCAAUUCCAAGAAUUGUUAAAAUAUGUUGUUCGGUGAUGAUGAGGCAGGGUGGGAAGAGGCAAUAUUAAAGCUGCUAUGUUUAAUUUUUUAAAUUCUGUUCUUUGUAAUAUCUAGAAUGAUUUCUACGCAGUUACCAGGGCACUAUAAUCCUUCACACUUUACAACUGCAAUGGAAAGAAAGAAGUAUGCAAUAUAUUAAUCCAAAGACAUUAAUACUUGCCCAGAGAUUGUAUUCAGCGGGUUCUGACCAGUUCUAGAUAUUACAGUAGCGGAACCUUUGAGUAGUUCACUUAUUUGAUCAGUUACUUUGUAUAUAAUAUUGAAUGAUUUAAAAAAUACACUGGAAUAGC